AUGACUGUCUGGGCAUCAAAUGCAACAACAAUUGCUGGUUCACCCAUUGGUAUUGCAGGUUUUACCACAGCACUGUUAAAUUCUCCUAUAGGCAUCGCGGUUGGCAAAAAUGAUUCGAUUUUUGUCAUAGACUAUGGUAUAUCAUACUAUCGUGUGCAACUUUUUUAUCCUGGUAGUCAAUUAGGAACAACAAUCAUUAACGCCACCUUAGGCACAGGUCUCAAUCAACUCUCUACCGUCACCAAUCUGAACAUAGAUGCGAGUGGUAAUAUAUAUAUACUUGAUCUAGGAAACGAUCGUGUUACAAAAUGGGCAUCAGGAGCAUCAGCGGGUAUACUUGUAGCGGGUGGUAACGGAGUUGGCAGUUCUCUCAGCAAACUAAAUUCUCCUUGGGACAUAUUCGUUGAGCCAAAUACAUCUUAUAUUUGGAUAGCUGAUUCAGGCAAUAAUCGAAUUGUUAAAUGGAUAAAUAAAUCGACUGCGAUCCUAGUUGCCGGAGGGAGUGGUUCUGGUUUACAAGCUAAUCAAUUUAAUACUCCAUACGGAUUAUUCGUCGACACAUCUGAUUCAAAUACACUUUACGUAGCAGACACAAAGAAUUAUCGAAUCCAAAAAUGGCUUUAUGGAGCAAGCAAUGGAACAACGGUAGCCGGACAAUCAGGCGUAUCUGGUAGUGCACUUAAUCAACUUAAUUCUCCAGAUGCUUUGACUAUGGAUACGAAUGGAUCAAUGUACAUUGUGGAUCGUGGGAAUAAUCGAAUCGUUUUAUGGUUAUUAGGAUCUACAUCGGGCAUAGCUAUUGCUGGUUCAAAUACUUACGGAGCAUUACCAUCUCAACUAUAUAGUCCUUACUAUGUUAGACUUGAUUCAACUGGAGCACUUAUUGUCAAUGAUCACUAUAACAAUCGGAUUCAAAGAUUUUCUGUUCUUUGCUCACCAUAUACGACGUCAUCAUCAACAACGUCAUUAUUAACCAACUCAACACCAAUUGCUGCUACAUUACAAAACACAACAACUGCUGUUCCACUUACUACCAAUAGUCUUACAACAUUAGCAAGUGAGUAG